AUGGGAAAGGAUAGUCUUGAAGUCAAAGCGGAUGUCGCUAUGGCUGAGAAUGCAGGCCAUUUCGUUGACGAGCAGAUCCUUAAUCUCGACCAGAGAAUUCAGGAGCUUGUUGCCGUCGCACCUCCAUUCUACCACAACAAGAAUCUUCUCCGGCUCUAUCUUCUCAUCAUUCCAACUUGCCUGGCAGCUGCUAUUACCCUGGGAUUCGAUGCGAGUAUGAUGUCUGGUCUUCAAGCUGUACCUUCUUGGGACAACUACUUUGGUCAACCUCGUGGUGCACUUCUUGGUAUCAUGUCAGCUAUCCUCCCUCUCGGAUGCGUCGUUGCAACUCCGUUCAUCAGCUUGGUCGGUGAUCGCUAUGGAAGACGUAUGGGCAUCUUUGUUGGCGCUGUCAUCAUGAUCAUUGGCGCUGUCAUCCAAGGUUCUUCUGUUCACUUCGCCAUGUUUCUCAUCUCACGCUUUAUCAUCGGUUUCGGUCUCGUCUUCGCAAACGCCUACGCCCCCAUGCUCAUCGGUGAGCUCGCCCAUCCCAAGGAACGGCAAGUCAUCACAUCCCUAUAUCAAACUUCCUGGUACAUAGGCGCCAUCCUCGCUGCGUGGGUGACCUUUGGGACCUUUAGCAUUGCCAGCGAGUGGGCCUGGAGAAUCCCGUCUCUCUUACAGGCUGCUCCGGCCAUGCUUCCCAUCACAUGCGUCUUCUUCCUUCCCGAGUCUCCUCGAUGGCUCAUCGCAAACGGCCGCAGUGAAGAAGCAAGGGCUCUGCUGAUAAAGUGGCAUGGUAACGGAAAUGAGGACGACGAGCUUGUCAUGCUCGAGUUUAUGCAGAUGCGGAAUGUUAUUGAAGCCGAAGUCAGCAACGAGACGGGUUGGAAGGACCUCUUUACAUCUCCUGGUAACAGAAAGCGAGUCUUUAUUCUGGUCUGUCUUGGCUGCUUCAGUCAGUGGUCGGGCAACGGUCUCGUCUCUUACUACCUUGUUCGCGUCCUAGAAACAGUUGGUGUUAGCGAUGCUCGAGAGCGCAACAUUCUUAAUGGCUGCCUCAUGAUCUUCAACUGGCUUACCUCAGUUGCAUCAGCCUUCCUCACGGCCUAUAUGAAGCGUCGAACCCAGUUCCUAAUUUCUGUUGGAGGCAUGCUUGCCAUCUUUGCGUCUCAGACCCUUUGCGCUGGUCUCUUCAAUGAAGACCACAACACCGCCGCAGGAAAAGCUGUCAUCGCAAUGCUCUUCCUCUUCUACUUCUUCUACAACCUGGCCUUCAACGCCCUUCUUUACUCUUACCCCGUCGAGAUCCUUCCCUACCCCAUUCGUGCCAAGGGUUUCUCGCUUCUCAUGUUCUUCGGCAAGGCGAGUAACUUUAUCAACACCAUGGUCAACCCCAUCGGUCUUCAGGCACUCGCGUGGAAGUUUUACUUUGUUUAUGUUGCCUGGCUUGCUAUUGAGCUUGCUAUUGUUUGGAAGUUCUUCAUAGAGACAAAGGGCCCAAGUCUCGAAGCUAUUGCUGCUGUGUUCGAUGGUCAUACCCCGGCAGAGCAUGAUUCGCAAGAUUUUAAAGGCAAGAAGUUGGACGAGGAUUAG